AUGGCAUCAAAUUUGGCUUUAAUGGCCUCAAAAGAGAACUAUUAUAGACUAACUGAUUAUUGGCAUUACAGAUUUCAAAGAUCUGGAAACCUAAAUAAAAAAAGUGACAUCUACAGUUUUGGGAUGAUUCUUCUUCAACUAAUCACAGGUCAUCCUCCAAUAAGAAGAGAACUGGAGAGUAAUUGUUUUAUAGUUGAUUGGAUCCGUCCUAAUAUUGACAGUGGGGAUAUCCAAAGCAUUGUUGAUACAAGACUGACAGGUGAAUUUAAUGUUGGUUCUGCAUGGAAAGCUGUUGAGACAGCAAUGUCAUGCAUUGCACUACCGUCCCUCCAAAGGCCAGAUAUUAGUUAUGUGUUGCAUGAACUAAAAGAAUAUUUAGCUAUGGAAAUAGAUCAUGCCAAUUCAAAUGGUUUACAAAAUCAUCCAAUCAAUCAUUCUGGGCAGCUCACUACCCUCGCAGCUAGGUGA